CGUCCCAGCCGCGAGGAGCCGCGCGGGCGUGGGAGUCCCGGCCGGGCCGAGGCGGCCAGGGUUCUAGUGCCCGUCCUGAGAGGCAGACGCUGGCCUCUUCCUGCCCCUACUUCCACCCCUGGGGCCGAUCACAUUCAUGAGGUCAGCACCCUCAGUCUCGGCGCUAAGAAGACUUGGAAGAGGAAAUGUUUCAGACAGGUCCCCACACUCUCCUACCUUCUGGGCCACUCCCCUUGGGCUCCUAACUUGUCUCUCUUGUCUUGUACGGCUCUUGGUCCCCCUCCUCACCUAUAGAGUCUUACCCCGUUUGGGUUUUUUGUUUUUGUUUUUUGCUUCAAUUUUAUGUUGCCUUUUACUAUGAAGGACAUGUCUAUGUUACAUAAAGUAGAAUGUUACUAAAUACAAUGAAAAUAAGAACCUCCUCUCCCCCUGCUUUCUUCCCCAACCCCCUGCUAACAAUGUUAGCUAGCUUCCUGUUAAUUUCCAGACUACUGCUUCGCCCUAAUACAGGAGUAUUAAUAUGUUUUCUACCAGAAGGUUAGGACAGGGGGCGCUCAAAAGGCAUGUCCCCUCUGCUCAGACCGAGGGUGGGAGCAACCAUCACCAGAUAUCAUUUCUCUUGCCAGGUCUGGGUGAUGCUAGAGGGCCCCUGCCCAGUUACUAUCCUAGUUUUGGCUCUCAGGUUAGGGUCUGGGGGGAGAUCUGAAAUGCAGCCUCUGCGUUGAGCUCAGGAUUCCUACUCCUUCCCCAGCAAGGUCCAAGGCUGUGGUCCUGGUUCCCUUGGGCAGUGCCUCCUCUUCCCUUGUUCCCUGACCCUCGUGUAAACGAAUUCCAGCUGGGGCCACCCCUUCUGUUCUGCUCAAAGGAUUGACAUUCAGGAUGCUCACAGCUAGGGCUCAGCAACUCCUCAGCCGUCCCGGCCUACAGUAUAUAAAUAACAAAGAUCAGAGACAAAGAAGUGUGACUGGUGGGGCGGUAGGUGGGGUCUUGAGCCUGUGUUUCUAGGAAAAGGAGGGGAUGUUGCCUGAGGUGAAGUAGGGAAGAAGAGGCAGGGCAGUUCUCCACCUGCUGCCUCGUGGUGCAGUAACUGGGAGGCAAUUUAGCUGAGGAGGGUCAAAGAAGUGGUUUCCUGACUGGGAUUUUGCCCCCUCCCCCAUCUAGGGCUAGGAUAUUGUCAGAAGACAGAAGAGAUACAAGCACCAAGGGGCCCUGGCUCUGUCUGGACAAGGAGGAAAUCUGUAAUAGAAUGAUUUGAGUUGCAUAAGACAAGAGCCCAGUUCCAAGGACUUUAGAACAUAAAGGAAUGAUUUAACUCACAUAACUGGAAAGUUCAAGGUGCAGACAAAGCCAGGAGCACAGUACAUUUGGGCACGCACCUAUUCAUCUUUGGCUGUGUAUCUUUGUCGAUUUUAUCCUCAGCCAGGCUCUUUCCAGGCAGUGGCAGAUGAGUUCUACCCUUUCUUCCAGCUUAGUCUGGUGGGAAGGGAAACAAUAUCUCUUUCUUAUCGGUCCAGCUAAGGUUGCAAGCUGGUUCUGAUUGGUCCAAACUAAAACCUAUGUCCAACUCUGAACAAAUCACUUUAGAAAGAGGAGUGGAAUAUGCAGUUUGGCUAGGUAUAUUUCACUUGUGCACACCUGGAACUAAGGAGUGGGGUUAGCCGUGGAUUGAGAAGAGGGAAGAGGGGAUGCCCCAAAGGUCAGUCAGGAUUGGGAGAGGGAAUCUGGGCAGGUGAAAACCACAGAUAUCCUUUAAAAUGAAACCAGGAGGUACAGUAGGAAUGCAGGUGAGAAAACCUAAUGGGGGCUGUGGUCCCAAAGUGAUCUUGGGGGCUCAAGAUUAAGCUGAAGGCAUACCAGGGCAUGGGCUCGGUUGGCUGUGUGGCAUGGGCACUAUCCACGAUAAGGAUGGCUCCUGUCAGCUUUGAAAGAGAGACAUCCUGGCCCAGGAGGGGUCAGAACUUCUCUGUCACCACUGCAGGAUAAUAUCUCCCUUUCUCUGCCACUGUAACCCUGGGCUUUCUCUGAGAAAUUAGUGGAGGGACAGGCCUCCCGCAGGUCUGGGCUGAGCCUGGCUGGGCUGUGCAGAUUCAGAGGCACAAGGGGCCGCCUGUAGGAGGAUGAACUUCCCCUCACAAAUGUGCCAGCUGGCUGGGGACAGCUGAGCCACUCAGGGCUGGACAGUUGUCUCUACGGCUGGGUUGGGGGUGGUCUGGAUGCCUGACCAUCUGCGUCUCCAGGAGGCAAGAUGGCGACUGGGCCAGAUGGACUCGAGGAGUGGGUGGGCAGCGCAUACCUGUUUGUGGAGUCCUCGCUGGACAAGGUGGUCCUAUCUGAUGCCUACGCUCAGGCCCAGCAGAAGGUGCCGGUGUACAGGGCUCUGCGGACUGCGCUGGCAGAGAGUGGCGGGAGCCCAGACGUGUUGCAGAUGCUCAAGAUCCACCGCAGUGAGCCGCAGCUGAUUGUGCAGUUGCGCUUCUGCGGGCGCCAGCCCUGCAGCCGCUUCCUCCGCGCUUACCGCGAGGGGUCGCUGCGCGCCGCGCUGCAAGCGUGCCUGGCGGCGGCUCUCGCCCAGCGCUCCGUGCCUUUGCAACUGGAGCUGCGCGCCGGCGCGGAGCGGCUGGACACCCUGCUGACGGAUGAGGAGCGCUGCUUGAGUUGCAUCUUUGCCCAGAAGCCUGAUCGGCUCCGGGACGAGGAACUCUCGGAGUUGGAGGACGCACUGCGGAACCUGACAUGUGGCUCGGGGCGCCAGGAUGGCGACGUGGAGGUCGCUCCAGCGCCCUCGCAGUCCCUGGCCACCUCCCUCUCAGAGGAGAAGCCGCCGCCGCCGCCACCUGGCCAGACUUUUCUGUUCCAAGGACAACCCAUAGUGAACCGGCCGCUGAGCCUGCAGGACCAACAGAAGUUCGCGCGCUCAGUGGGUCUCAAAUGGCGCAAAGUGGGGCGUUCCCUGCAGCGAGGUUGCCGAGCGCUGAAGGACCCGGCGCUCGACUCCCUGGCCUAUGAGUAUGAGCGCGAAGGGCUCUACGAGCAGGCCUUCCAGCUGCUGAAGCGCUUCGUGCAGGCCGAGGGCCGCCGCGCCACGCUGCAGCGCCUCGUAGAGGCCCUCGAGGAGAACGAGCUCACCAGCCUGGCAGAGGACUUGCUGGGCCUCACGAAUCCCGAUGGUGGCCUGGCCUAGACUGGGUACCAGAAAAGGGGCAAUCGGUCAGUUGCCCAACAGGGUUUGGAGCACCUGGAUGACCCUAGGGUCCCUUCUGCUGCUACUGCUGAGAUCCUAUCCAUCCACAGGACUCUGAGACCACACUUACAACCCCGCUUGGCCCAGCUGUUGGAGCUCCUGGGCAGUGUUGACUGCCUUCUCCAGGAGUUGGGCAAGCACCCGCCAUGCCUGUUGGGGUGCCACUGGGGAUUUGGCCCCAGAUACUAUGAUAGCAGUGGAGUGCGUGGGCAGCCUACUCCAGCAGUUUACCCACCCCAAAGGCAGGGCUUCUGGCCAGCCCUUACCUCUUCAUUCAUUGAACAACUAAACUAUGUAUGAAGCACUUGCUGUGUCCUAGCCAUCAUCCUGGGUGCUGCAAAUACUGUGGUGAACAAGAUACACAAAACCUCCCUGCCUCCAGUUCAUACUCAGUGUCAGACUGCAAAUUUUAAGCAAUAGUAAUAAAAUAUUACCUGUUUUUUUUU